AUGGUAAAUAUUUCAAAUUUUAAUGUUACAAAUUGCUAAUAUUUAUACAAAGUCUUUGAUUUAUGGUAAAUAAAUGAUCUUAAAAUUGUGAAUACUUCAAUAGUUUAAAGUGAUUAAUCUACAAUUUAUUUUAUAUAAAGCACGAUUAUUUCAAAUAUUUAAAAAAUCUAACUCACCCAAUCAACAAAAAAUAUUGUAAUUUAAAUAAAAGAAUAAGAUAUUAAUACAGUUUAGUAUCUAAGUGAUUCUGCUAUUUUAAAAGAUAUUGAGAUAUUUAAUUCUGUAGACACCAUAUUUUCUUUUAAAACUAAUAAAUUUGAAGUUUCUCAAAUCAAUGUUGAUCUUCUCUAAGUUUCAUAAACUAUUUUCACUAUUCAAGCUAGUUAAAUUAAUAUUACUAACUUAAAUAUUAGAAAUACGAAAUAUUUGUUUUCCAAAUUAGAUAUUAAUUUAAUAUAUAUAAUAAGUUUUAAUAACUCAUAAAUAGAAAAUGUCAAUUCAAAUAACAAUUAAAUUUAGUUCCUUUCAAUGAAUCAAUAAAAUAGUGAAGGAUAUGCUCUUAUUUCUAAAGCAAAAUUUAUGAAUUCUACUAUUCUUAACAACAAUCCCUUAAUAUUUUUAAAUCAAUUGUCUAGUAUUGAUUUAAAAAGUGUACUAAUAAAAGAUGUAAACAAUAUAAAUAGUAAACACAUUUCUAUACUUACGAUAUAAAAUUGCGAUUUAGUUUCUAUUUCUGAGAGCUAUUUUACAAAAAAUACAAAUAGUAAUGGUCCAGGAGGUGCUAUUUAUGCACUUGAUAACACUUAGAUAACAAUAUAAAAUUCAAUUUUUUGGCUUAAUACUUGUAAGUUAUAAAAUGGUGGAGCUAUUUAUAUGAUUAAUACUAUUACACAAGGAGUUUUAUAAAUAUAUUAAUCUUAGCUAAUAGAAAAUAAAUCAGUUUAUUCUUCAGGUGGCUCAAUUUAUCUCUAAAAUAAUAACAUGAUCAUGUAAAACUCGGUUAUAGCUUCAAAUUAAGCUUAGAUUGGUGGAGGGAUAUAUUAUGUUGAGGUUAUGCCAGAUUUUUUAAUUGAUCUAUAAUAAGGCAAUAAAAAUAAUAAUACUUUUAAAGACAAUCUAGCACAUGUUUAUGGAUAGAAUUUUGGUUCUACUUUAAGGAAAGUAUUUAUUAAUUUAGAAAACAUAAAAAUUCCUAAAAAUAGUGUAAAGUUAUAUGAAAAUAAAGUAAUAUUUAUCAAAUAAUUUAAAAGUGGAGAUUAAAUAAAUUUUGAACAAAUAUAAUUGCUUGAUGAAGAAAAUAAUCCAAUUAGAUUUAUAGAUGUUAACUCAACUGAUUUUUCAUUACUAAGUAGCGAUGUUUAAUCUUUAGUGCAAUAAAUAAGUGUUUCUGUAUAGUGGAAUUAAGAAAAUAAAGAAAUACAAUGCAUUGGAUAACUUUAAACAAAAUAAUUUAUAAACGGGGGUUUUAACUUAGAUGCUCAGAUAUUUUACAAACCUAUUUCUGAGUUGGUACUAAAAAUAGUGAGCAAUUCAUUUCCUUCAUUAAAAGAUUCAAAUGGAAAUAUUGUGGUAAAUUCAGGUUAAAUAGAAUUAAUUUUGAAUAUAGAAUUAGAGUAGUGUUCAAUAGGAUAAAUAUUUAAAAAAUACGGUAACUCAAUAGCAUGUGAAUCUUGCCCAGAUGGUAAAUAUUCUUUAAGUUUAAAUGACCAAGAGUGUAGAGAAUGCCCUGAUUCAGCUGUCAUGUGCAUAGGUUCUAAUAUCUAAUUAAAAAAUGAAUAUUGGAGAGAAGAUGAAUAUACUGACAAUAUUAUCUACUGUAGUUUUAACCCUCAAUCAUGCUAACCAUAACUUGUUUCUUCUAAAUUUUACUGCAUUGAAGGAUAUAAAGGUCCUCUAUGUUAUUAGUGUGAUACAUAUGGCGAAAUUUGGGGAAAUAGAUAUUCAGAAAUUUAUAAUCAUGGAGAUUGUUACAAAUGCGAAGAAAAUAUUUUAAAAAUAAUACUUUACAAUUUUCUAGUAUACUUAAUGAUUUCUCUUUAUAUAAUUAUAAUUCUAAGAAGAAUUAUAAUGCAGCUAGAAGUUAAGGUUAAAGGAUAUUUUUUAAAUAAAUUGGAAAUUAUUUAUUUAGGAUCAACAUUAAAUUAAUCUGAUAGAUCAUAAAUUAUUUCGAAAAUUCUCACUGAUCAUUUAUAAAUAUUAUCGUUAGUAUGCUCAUUUACUACGAAAAUGCCUGCUUUUUUUACUGUACCUAUUUAGCUAUCAGGAAAUUCAGUUAGUGUGGCUAGUAAAUCUAUUGAUUGUGUUUUUUCUAAACACCCAAAUUUACAACCUUUGUGGUUAUUGUAAUUUCUCUGGUCUUUUACUUUGCCUGCAGGAAUAAUUAUUUUUUACUUGGUUUAAGCAUUUAUUUUAAAGCGAUUACAAAUAGAUUUUUUUAUCAGGUAUUUAUAAACUGCAGCUAUUUUUAUUUAUUUUUACUUUUACCCUAUGAUAAUUACUCUUGCUAUUAGAUCUAUUAAUUGUAUAACAAUAGGAGAUAAAAAAUAUUUAGAUCUAGAUUUUGGAAUUGAAUGUUAUGAUAAACAUUAGCAUAAGCCGUACAUAUUUUUAUUUACCAUUCCUGUUAUUUUUAUAUGGGGUAUUUUAAUACCUUUAUUACUAUUCUAUAAAAUUCACGAUGCUAAAUCCAAAAAAAAAUCGAUUAUUAAAUAAAUAAAAUAUUCUUUCUUAUUUGCUGGAUAUAAAAAACAAUACUAUUACUGGGAAUUUUGGAAAUUGUCUUAUAAAACAAGUUUGAUUUUAAUAUCUGUUUUACUCAAGCAAGAAAUCUAUUUAAAGGUUUCUGUUAUGAAUCUCUCUUUGGUGAUCUAAUUUUUUUUAUUAUUUAAAUCACAACCUUAUUUAAACAAAUAUUUUAAUAGUUUAUAGCAAAUAUCUACUUUAAUAUGUAUAAUAUCAUUAAAUUUGUGUAUGAUACAGAUAGGAGGUGAUUAAAAUGAUUUAAUAAAUUAAAUAUUUUGGAUAGGUAUGACUAUGCUUUUUAACUUCCUUUUUGUAGCAAUAUUAAUAAUAGGAUUAUUAAGACUAAAAAUUCAUAAUCAAUAAGAGUAACGAACAGGUUUCUAAAAUUUCAUCUUUUCACUUAAAAAUAAAUAUCCUUAAUUACUUGAUGUGUAAAUAUAAAAUAAUUAAAAGGUAAGUUCUUUGCUUAAGUUUAAAAAAUUAAGAUAAAAAAUAAAAUAAUUGAUGAAAGAAUUAAAAAAAAAUGACAUAUUAUCCUUAGAAUAUCAGAAACUUAAAUUAGAUUCAAAAAAUCAUUAAGACUCUAUUUUUACACAAUCUUCUCCCUAAACGCAUUAAAUAAAUUAAUUUGAAAUAAAUGAUGAAAAAUUUGACACUUUAUAAAAUAAUAGCUCUAAUAAAACAAUGAAAAAUAAAUGGUCUUACUACACAAGAAAUCCAAAAAAAAAUUCAAUUUUCUUAAAAGAUAGAAUAUCUGAAAAGCCAAUCUUAUUACAUAGUAAUACAAGGGAGAGUAAUAGUUGUGAAACUGAAAGUUCCUUAUAAAAUAAUCAAUAUAAUAGUCACCAUAAAUUUUAAAUACAGCUUUCUCUAGACAAAAGUUGA